AUGAAUAAUAAUAACACUGUAAAACAAAAGUUAAGCAAGUAUUUAUUCAAGGGUUCGUCUUCUUUGGCCACAGUUCAAACUAUUAGCAGUGAUACAGAUAUUGAUAAAGGCAAUGGUGGAAUAACUAUAAGUUGUGAAUCAAAUGAUGUCAAUGAUGAUAUUCUUAUGGAAAAUCAAAUACAGGUUAAAAACAUAGUUCAGUCACAGGAAUGUUUAAAUUAUGUCAAUCAUAUGAAUGUUUUUGAUCAGUCCCCUUCAUUACAAAGUAUUGCUACAACUGCAACGUAUACUGACACUAAUUCAAACAGUAAUAUUCCUGAUUUUUUAGACGUAGGAGCAUUUAUUAAUGUUCGACCAAUUGCAGAUGACUUAAAGUACAAGUUACUGAAAUUUCCAUUUAAGCCAACCAGUUGUUAUUAUUUCAAAAAUGAUAUGAUCCCAGGUGCUAAACGAGGAUUCAGUGUUGGAUGUCUGGAUAAAUAUGAUUGGAUGGUUUAUUCUCCAACAUGUAAAGGAGUUUUAUGCAAAUUUUGUGUGUUAUUUAAGCCUACUCUUAAAGAUGAUUAUACUGGGUAUAACAGAGUUAUUGAAAAUAACCGAAAAAAGAUUAUCCCAAUUAUUAAAACAUUAAUAUACUGUGGAACACAUGAUAUUGCUAUAAGAGGUAAAUGUUCUGAUGAAGGAAAUUUUAUUGAUUUACUGAAGUUUCGAGUAGACUCUGGUGAUACAAUUUUGAUGAAUCAUUUUGAAACAUGUACAACUAAAACAAAAUAUGUGUCCCAUAGAAUACAGAAUGAGAUAAUAAGUAUUUGUGGUGAUGUUAUUCGCAACGAUAUAAUAUCUUGUAUUAAUGAUUCUUAUGUAUUUUCCUUGUUAGCUGAUGAAACUUCUGAUAUAAGCGGAAAAGAACAAUUGUCAAUUGGUAUUCGUUAUUUCAACAUGCAAAGUUUUGAAAUUAGAGAAGAAUUUCUAGGUUUCACUGAAGUUCAAGACCUAAGUGCUGAAGGUAUUGCAAAUGCCUUAAUUAAUAUCACUAAUAAAUAUGGAUUAAGUAUGUCACAACUUAUUGGCCUUGGAUUUGACGGAUGCUCGACAAUGAGUGGUAGAAUAAAUGGAGUACAAAGUAUCAUACGACGCAAGUAUCCAAUGGCAUUUUUUUAUCAUUGUGCUUCACAUAAACUUAACCUUGUCAUAAAUGAUCAAAAUGCUAUCCCGGACAUUAGAAACACUUCUAGUACUAUUAAAGAUAUCAUACGAUUUUUUAGAGAAAGUAUUCUACGUCGAAAAUUAAUUCCAAAUGUCCCUUUAUUUUGUGAAACUCGCUGGUCAGAAAAAUACAAAUCAGUCAGACUAUUUAGUAAGUAUUUUGAGGAGAUAAAGACAGUUUUGGAUUCAUUGGCACUUGACCAAAAUGUAAAUACAGCCACAAGAAAUCGAGCUUUUCAGCUAUCAUGUGCCACAUCAAAUAUAGGAUUUUUAGUCAGAUUAGAAUUAAUUUCAUUUUAUUCUGCUAUUAUGGAACCAGUUGUAACCAAAUUACAGGCUGUAUCUGUUAAUUUACACAAGGGAUUCUAG